GUUCUGGCUGCUGCGUUGAGUUGAAGGCAAGCGCUAUUACGAACCAAUGAGGCAGAGGACGGCAGCUGCUUCCUCCGUGUUAAAAACAUGAAAACGAUUGGAUAUCACUGUCUUGAAGUGUGACAUGCAAUUUUGGGCUUAGACACAAUGAACGGAAAUGUUACUUCAUGGGAAGACUUUCAAAUUGAAGUACAUAACGCUGUUCUUCGCUUCUUCUGACAGGAAACCCUCUAAAUGCUAUGUAAAAAAUAGCCAUCGUCCACUUGCCGCGAAAGGACAAUAUAACUUGGAGAAAAUUGAACCUAACACCCUCGUCGAGAAAUCGGUCGGGAAACUCUGAAGAAAGGUUUUACGGGCUGAACAUCCCAUAGGAUUCCACAAUGGCUGAUUCUUCGUGCAAUAUGACAUCGAAUAUAUAUCAGUUUCUAUACAGAGCGGAAGGGAUUGCUCUGUUUGUGAUGUUAUCUGUUAUUAGCGUCACAGGGGCUGUAGGGAAUGCCCUCGUUUUCGCAGUGUAUUGGAAGAAACAAGAUCAACAAACAUCCACGUUCUUUAUCAUCACCUUGGCGGUGACCGAUUUUAUUACGUGUAUCAUAAACGUUCCGUUCACGCUUGUUAUGGAGUUUAUCAAUUUGCAAAUAGAAUCUGAUAUACUUUGCAAGCUUUAUCUAUUUCUCGUCACGUCCACGGUGCCCUUCUCUACCUUCAUCAUGGCGGCCAUUGCGGUUGACCGCUAUCUGUGUAUCUGUCACCCACUGUUGCAUUUGAUGAACCUCACACGGGCCAAGGUAACGGUAGGGGCGUUGGCGUGCCUGGCCGGAUUUGCAGGCCUUAUGGUGGGACUUUGUCACGGAGUCUACCAGCUCUGUCCAACUUACAGUAUUAACACAACAAUGGAGUACACAACAGAUCCCACAUGGUCCAAUUAUAGUAUGAUGGCGCCAUUUGCCCAGGCUGUGAAGUUAUGGGAACCGUCCCCAGAUCAGGAGAUCAGAUACACUGGUUUUUGUCGGCCGAAUACAUUCAUACUCGGUGCUGAAGUAAGAUUAUCUUACAAAUACUUCCACAUAAGCUUAUACCUGGUAUCCCUCAUUACCAUUAUUGUUCUGUACUCGCUUUUAUUCAAGUCGGUGAUCGACAGAAGACGCAAGAAAAGAGAACAACGCGCUCAAGUUCCAACUUUGUUAAACGGCAAUAAAGAGGCCACUGAAUUACACGUCGUUUAUAACAAAAAAGGUUCUUUCACUAAGACCGUCGGCUCACGCAAUAAUUCUCACGGCAAUGUCGAUUUACCGCCAGAAAUUGAACACAGGCGGUUGAUGGAAAAAGCGCGGGACCGGAAAGCCAAUGUAAAAACGGCUCUUAUGCUCUUCGUCGUUGCUGUUGUAUUUAUCAUAGGCUUUCUUCCUGCAAUUCUGAUGAGCAGCAAAAUUCUUAUACCAACAAACCAUGAUGCAGCUAAAAUAUACUUUUAUUUUUACUUCUGGAAUCACGUGGCCAAUCCAAUUAUUUAUUCGUUUAUGAACGAGAAUUUCAGGGACGAAAUGAGGAAACUUGUCCGUUGCUGUUGACUUUCUUGUCUCUGUCAUCUUAGGAGUGUGAUAGAACAUUUUCGGCUAAAGAGUCCAUUUACCAAUUGUUAAGGCAUCAUUAAUAGGACAGGUAUCCUGUAAUUUCAGUCUUGAUGGCCAAAGGGGGUCGUAUUCAGUGCCUUU